AAACAGUUUGUUUAAAUUGUGGUCGCAACAAGAACUGUGAUUAAAAAAAAAAUAAUAAAAAAAAUAAAAUAAAAGAGGCCUUAGCACCCACCUUUGCAUGGUACCAUUGGGCACUUAGAUUACAAAAUCAAAGAGUGAAGGAGCACUCAAGUCUGCACCCCAGCCUGGGCAAUCAGCAGGGAUCCCACAGUUCAGGCUGAGAAUAUCAGAAACACCCCGCAGUCUGGAAGAGAUGGAACGGGCUGAUGGGAUGUCUGAAAAUAUUGUUAAGAGGACAGAGUCUGUGACCAGCUCUCAAGAUGAUGAAAGGCCAAUGUCUCCAUUUUACAUGAGUGCCCAGAUCUCAUCUGUCAGUCAUAAACCAGCAUCUGAAGAUCACUUGGAGAAGACAAUCAGAUCAGCGGUGGAGCAGCACCUCUUUGAUGUGCACAGCUGUGGGGGUCAAAGUUCAGAGGAAUCUGAAUCAGGGACGUCAUCCUCCACUUCAUCAUUGACUACCAGGCAGAGGAGACGACAUCUGAGAGAUCAGGAUGAGACAUGGAGGCACAAAGACAUGGACGAUAUCAAUAAAGAGAAUAUUCCCUCUGUAUUCAGCACGACCGAAGACAGUAAACCGGACUCACUGGACGGAGAGAAGAAGCAGAGAGACAGCAGCACCUCUUACAUCGAGGAGAGCUUGAAGCUGAAGAGGCAAGUGUCCAUCACCAAGCUUUCUGAGCUGAAAGAAAACAAGGAAGGCUUGAUUGUAAUGGAAUGUUUUGGCACAUUGAGUCUACAGGACAGAACAAGGUCAGAGUACAUGGAUUGUCUAUCAGCAGAAAGAAAUGAAAACCAAAACGAUGAUGACUCUGUACUGCUACCACUGAACUCAGCUAUGAAGAUUCAGGAGGUGCAGAGUGGCUGCGAGACAGCUAAAACGCAAAGAAACCAAGAAGCGGAUGUUUGUGAAGAAAGCUCUGUACCGGAGGUUCCUAGACUGGAUUUGUCAGCCUUGACGGAGGACAACAACUGGGGAGAGCCAGUGCCAGCCUGCCCGUCGUGGCAGAGGGAACAUAUUCACAUGGAGGAAGCCUGCCUCUCCCCACAAGCCGGGGGGCACCUGAUCCGCCAGCUCAUGGACGAGGACAGUGACCCCAUGCUCUCACCACGCUUUUACGCCUUCGGGCAGAGCCAGCAAUACCUGGAUGACCCAGAAGUGCCCCCCUCUCCCCCCAAUGCUCACUCCUUCAUGAGCAGGAGGCGGAGCGCUUCGCUGGGCUCAUGCGAAGAUGACAGAGAAGAACUCACAAGUGCACAAAUCUCCAAGAAGAUCCAGAGCUUAAAGAAGAAGAUCAGGAAAUUUGAAGAAAAGUUUGAAGAGGAGAGGAAAUACAGGCCUUCUCACAGCGACAAGGCAGCUAACCCUGAGCUGUUAAAGUGGAUGAAUGAACUUGCCAAGUUACGAAAACAGCUGAAAGAGAUGAAGGUUAAGCUUUCUGAAGAAGGCCUGCCUCCUCAGACUCGCCAGCGCAGCUACACCCUCCCGAAGAGCUUUGGCUCCCAGCUAGAGAAGCAGGAAGCUGCUGAGAAAGCAGCAAAACCCACUUUGGAGGACACACUGGAGGCUGUCCAGAAGAAGCUGCAAGAGAAGCGAGCCGAGGUCAACCGCCCCGAGGAUAUCAAGGACAUGACCCGGGAGCAGAUCUCCACAGAGAAGGGUGCUCUGCAGAAGGCUCUGCUAUACUAUGAGAGCAUACACGGGAGGCCAGUUACAAAGAGCGAGAGGCAGGUCAUGAAGCCUCUUUAUGAUAGAUACCGUCUUGUCAAGCAGAUCCUUUGCAGGGCAUCCACCAUUCCUGUGAUUGAGGAGGAGGAAGAUGGCUCAGAAGAUGAAAACCAACCAAAGACAGACUUCACUGUAACCUUGAAGCCGGAUUUCAGUGUACGCAACUUCCUGGACCAGCUGGACGAGGCAGGGGACGGCUUUAUCUCACCAGUGGACGAUAAAUCACCAUCCAAGAACACUACUGACAUGAGGCUGUCCAACCUACACUCUGCCACCAUGCCUGAACUUGUUGAGCAGCUUCAGGAUGCACGGGAAGACAAAAAGAGACUCCGCAAGAAACUGAGAGAAUUUGAAAAUACGUUUUUCAGGCAAAAUGCAAGAAAUGUGCAGAAAGAAGAGCGCACACCAAUGGCUGACGAGUACAGCGAAUACAAGCAUGUUAAAGCCAAGUUAAGGCUUCUGGAAGUUCUCAUCAGCAAGAUGGAUUCUUCAAAGACCAUGUAAAUAAUUGGAAGAACUGUGUUCUGUGGAAUUCCACUAUUUAAUAAAAUAACAAGAAGAGGAUGAUCACAAAAACAAAGAGUAACAGUAACACAAAUACUGAAACUUUCUAUCAACUCAAUAGCAUUUUUUUCCUGAUGAACAACAGUGUUUAUUGCUUUUAAAGUGCCAUACAGAGUCACCAGCAACUUCUGAUGGACUUUUCUAGGAUGACUGAUGUUUUGUUAACCUCUAUCGUCAGAGGCACUGAACACUACACACAUACACACAGUUGAUUCCAGUGCAGAUCCAUUUUCAUACUGGUUUCCAGCAGCUGCAGUAUUGAAACCUCUUACUGUAAAGCUUCAAAUAAAGCUGGUUGGUGUGAAAUCCUGAGAUUCUGACCCAUUUCCAAAGAUAAGUUACAAAUCUGAAGGAUACAGGAGCAGAACAAUAACUUGGAAUCGUGCAUUACCUGAAAAUAAUUUCUAAUGGUUAUUUAAGUAGGUAACGUUAUCUGGGUGUGUAAGCCUUAUAUAAGCUUGAGAAAAAAGAAGUUGUGUAGUUUGAGAUGCCUAGUGUAAAAAGGAGUGAUUUUUAAAGCUAUUGCAAAUUGAUGCCAUAUCAAUUUUAAUUCUGCUUUGUGAUUUAAGCAAAUAAGGGGUGAUCAGACUGCUUUCUUUUCAUGUAAAAAGACAGACAACUGUGAUGGGAGUGCCAUCAAAUGAGUUGCAGGUAAAUUAGUAUUCAUCUCUACGUCACGUGCUGGGCAAGAUAUUGCUUACGAGAGGCAUUGUAGCACUGUGUUCCUAAUCUCUGUUUGUUAUCAGUUUAACAUGGGUCAUUAGAUCUAUCUUUAUUGUUGUCAUGAGGUUGAUUUACAAGUACAAAAACAAGGUUACUUUAAAGGAACUCGAAAGGGUAUUAUUCACAGCAAAGGAAAACAGUAUGUAGAACAGUUGUAAAUAGCUUUGAGGCGUCUCAAUGUACAUAAACCCUGGCAGCACGAGUUCAUUUUUGUUGUCCUGCAGCAGCAAUGAAACGCCACCACAUCCGUCUCUUAUGUUAGGAGCUGCUGUGUUUUGGCCAAUCUUUUAUUUUACUUCAAGUAACAAUUUUGGUGGCAUUGAAAUUCAGCAAGUUAUUUCUUUAAACCAAUAUGCUUGUGCAGUUCAUAGGCAUGGUUAUAGUUCUUAAAUUCACUAUAUUAUUAAUGUGUGAUUGGUGCCAUAACAUUUGAAAUGUUUUAUUAAAUGCAAAAGGAUAACUAGUAACUAAUGCAGUACUAAGUUACUAUAAAAACCGGUGUACAAGUGGCCCCCCCUUUCUGAGACAACAAUUUCAGGAAAAAGCCUAUAGGUCACACCGGUGUAUAAGUCGCUGCCCCCUUUUUAAGACCCCCCCGAAAAUUCCUAGAAAAUAGACUUAUACAAAGGUUUUUUACAGUAUAUUGUCAGCUACUUAUAUAUUUUGAAUGCAGGUCUUCAAGUAAUUGUGUUUGAGAAAAACUACAGACUGGGGGAAUAGAAGACUACAUUUAUCAAAAGAUUGCCACAUUCUAAUACACAUCUCUAAUCUCUAUUAAUGAAUCUUAAAUCAAAGGUUAUACUUUGGGUGUUGGGGAGGGAGAACAAAUGAUUUAACCAAAACCAAAUUUUAACAAGGCUUAAAUCAUCAUCGCGAAAAAAAAAGCUAAUAUUAGUUUAAUCAAAAAAAGUGAGAUGAUGAGGAUUAUGUUUAAAUUAUAUAUAUAUAUGGCUAAUAGAAGUGCUUAUAACAUUGCAGUUUGCAUCAUUUUUCAACGCAUGCAUUUAAAUGAUCCAAAGAGAAAAUUAAUUAAAUGACCACAAUAGACCAAAACAGUGUGGGGUACAUUGUAGCUUUAUUUUUUUCGUAGCACAAAUAUUUGGUUGUUCUCUACUGAAAUGUUGUAGUAAUUUACUUUGCUACUGGUUAAAUCAUAAAAUAAUCAUGUAUUUUUGGAAAUCUAAGCAAAGCACAAAACAGGAGUAGAGCAUGGAUUCACAUGGAUACUUGAUUCCAGUCACUGUUUUGUUAUGAUUGCAUUUAGGAGAUAGAUAUGUUGAAAUUAAGAUUGUUUUCUAUUGUUUCUGCUACUGAAUUUUUCAAAUGCUGCUUUAUGAAUGAUUGUCCAUUAUGGGCGCAUUGAUUUGAAACAACAGCCUCACCAGAGCUAAUUAGUUCACUCCCAUUGGUUAAUAGCAAGCUGUUAUCUAGAUAAUUCUUAGCUGCUUCAAAACACCUAACAUGUGCAUAUGAACUUUUUAAUACAGUGAUCACUUGUAGAUUUCAUUGUAUUUCUUGUGCUUGUUUGUCAGACUAGACAUUUGCAUGCUGUUGUGAACCAUAUUUUUUUUCUGUACUUAAACUGAAAGACUAAAAGCCAAUUGGAUAAAUCCUUAUCAUAACACCAUUCAAAGCCUAUAGUAAGCAUUAACCAGGUACACUGUUUUUUUUUUUGUAAGUGGUCUGAAAAGUGAAUUUGUUCUUUUGUGAAUGUGGACCCAGAUCUAUGUUUACAUUACAAAGUAAGCAAGCCGAUUUAUUGAACUUAAUUACACCGUGUAACAAAUUUUCUUUUUUUUUUUUUUGUUCCUGGGUAGUAAGUGUUAUUUCCUAAUUGCUAU